CUUUUCUUUGCUUGAAAGAAACGAAGUGGAAGAACAAGAAGAAAGAAAGAAGGUGAGGGAAGUGGGGAUUUUGAAGAAGAAUCCCGAGAUCUUGGAGGAGCAGAUUCAUAAGUUGAAUAAGCAAAUAAUGGCAGCAAAAACUGGAAAGACAAAGAUUAUGAGACUUCUACGAGAUGAUAAUACAGAAGAUCAAGAUACUCAAAGACAGGCAGAGAGAAUUGAUAUGGACACACAUUCUCAGAUUAUAUCAAGAAAGUGGAAACAAGGUUGUCAAAGAAAAUCAAGAAGGUUGAAAGAAGCAUCUCAGCCUAUGUUGAUCGAACAGAACCAAAGUUUGUGCAGCAGUGAUCAAAAUGUCAAUAUAUUUGGCUACUGUGACAGACAAAUUACAAAUGAUCAAGGACAUUCUGCCAUGAUUGUAAAUGAGGCUCUGUUUCCUCAUCAAAAUUCAAAUAUUGACAAUACAACUUCGAUGGGUUGUCAAAGAAAAUCAAGAAGGUUGAAAGAAGCAUCUCAGCCUAUGUUGAUCGAACAUAACCAAAGUUUGUGCAGCAGUGAUCAAAAUGUCAAUAUAUUUGACUACCGUGACAGACAAAUUACAAAUGAUCAAGGACAUUCUGCCAUGAUUGUAAAUGAGGCUCUGUUUCCUCAUCAAAAUUCAAAUACCUGCGACUAUGAAUUCAAAUAUAAACUGAGGGUGAAGACCUGCGAGUCUGUCUAGACCGCAGCAUGCAAAUACCUCUUCCAUGUUAUAGAGUCUAUGCCACCAUUGAAGAUCCAAACAGUGAAGCCACAGUCAAGCUUAGAGGAAAACCAGCUGAACAAUUGUUUGGAAUAACUUGCAGAGACCUCAUAGAUAGACAAGUACCCUUAUGGUCCACAGGAAACAUUGCCACAGGAAAUAUUGCAAACAAAAGGGCAAAUUCACAUUUUCCAAAUCCAAAACAAUGAAGCAAAUGACUUCAUAGUGAAAGGUAUCUUUCCAAGCACAAAGAAUCAACCAAGUGCCAGCACACCAGCUCAUCCACUGUAUGACAAAAAAAGAUCUGUCGAGAAAGGAAGAAGACAACUAUUUGCUACCAAUCCAGACAAAAGACCCCGCAGGGAAGGAAGCACUUGUAAUACCCUGGAAAAUCCAAAUUAAAUUCCGUGGAUUUUUAGAAAUGAUUUCACGAUAGUAGGAGCGAGUACGAAGCUUGGAGAAGUUGUGGAAUUAGUUCGAACGGUUUUAUUUUCGAAAACGAACGUUUUUAGGGGGUCAACAAAGUUGACUUUUUAUACGUUCAAAAUUUGGGAAAACUUCCUUCAUGAAAGUUGUAGAGCUCGUCGAUACGAGUUCGUGGACAUGUAGAACGCAAUAUUCGGA